CCACUCUCCCCUCCUCUUCCUCUUCCUCUUCCUCCCUGCUCUGCUCUGGUCUCGUCACAUCUGGAGAGCGUUCGAGCAAAGCGAGAGCUCCUGGCCUCCUAUGGACAGCGGACUGAAGCUCGUCUGAAAGGGAGCUAUCAGCGGCGAGCAUGGCCUUUCCCAAGCAUUCCAUCCCGCAGGCCCUCAGCUUGCUGGUCCUGGCCGGGCUGUUGGUUCUGGGCCAGGUCCCGGGGGAACCGGAGGCGGAGGAGCCCGAUAUCGCUGUGGCGAAAUCGGAUCCCAGCAAAUGCCCGACGGACUGCAGCUGCACGGCCGAGGGGGCGGUGGAUUGCGCCGGAGUGGACCUCGUGGAGUUCCCCAGCGGUCUGCCGAACACGACCCGCCAGCUGGAGCUACAGAACAACAAAAUAGAGACGAUAAGAGUGGAGCACCUUUCAUAUCUCCAUCAAGUGCAGACGCUCAACCUGCAAAACAACCGCAUCACCACCGACGGCCUGGAAGAUGAAGGCUUUGAUAUGUUGGAGGAACUGGCUUACUUGUACCUGGGCAACAACAAGCUUACCUCAGCACCAAAAGUCUUGCCGCCUUCAUUGGUCAGCGCCGACCUUGCUGCCAAUCAGCUGACCAAGAUUUUCCCAUACACGUUUGGUUACAAGCCAAAGCUAAGCACUGUGUACCUCCACAACAACAACCUAACGGACGCCGGGCUUCCUGAUCACAUGUUUAACUGCUCGGACAAUCUGGAAAUCCUCACCAUGUCAAGCAACUCACUGCAGACCGUCCCUAAGAACCUGCCCCGCAGCCUGUACCGUCUUCACCUGAAGAGAAACAAGCUGGAGAAAAUCCCCGCCGGAGCCUUCGACGACAUGCCGAAACUCCGCGAGCUUUAUCUGCAGUACAACUUUCUCAGCAACGAGGGCAUGGACAACGAGACCUUCAGCCUCUUGAACAGCCUGGAAUAUUUGGACUUGUCCAACAACAACCUCAGCGUGGUGCCUAAAGGUCUUCCUCGCAACCUGAUGCUGUUGCACCUAGAGAAGAACUCCAUCCGCAGCAUCCCUGCGGAUGCUCUGGUUUCCGCCCGGAAUCUGGAGUAUCUUCUGCUGCACAACAACAAGCUGCGCUCACGUUUCAUCCACCCGGCUGCAUUCCAGGGCCUGAAGAAGCUGCACACUCUUCACAUGUACAACAACCUGCUGGAGCGGGUGCCCAGGGGUUUGCCCCGGCGGGCCAAGACCCUCAUGUUGCUCCACAACUCCAUCGCGGAAAUCAGCCGCAACGACCUGUCGCUGUUGUACACGCUGGAGGAGCUCAACCUUAGCUACAACCAGCUGAGCAACGCCAAGCUGCACCGCGACGCCUUCAGGAAACUGCGGCUGCUGGAGACCCUGGACCUGUCGGGUAACGCGCUUCACAUGCUGCCGGCGGGCCUGCCUCGCAGUCUGAAGAACUUGGAGGUGAAAAACAACCGGCUGAGCUCCAUUGAGGACGGCGCUCUGACGGGCAUGGACAAGCUGCAGAAGCUCAUCCUGAGCGGGAACGAGCUGAGACUCAACUCCAUCUACCAGGGGGCCUGGAUGGAGCUGAGUGAGCUCACGACACUGGACCUGUCUUCUAACGAGCUAUCGCACAUCCCGUCUGACCUGCCCGAGUCUCUGGAAUACCUCUACUUGCAGAGGAACCGCAUCUCCAGCAUCCCAUUCUCCGCCUUUGAAGGCACUCCCAACAUCAAAGGCAUAUUUCUGCGGUUCAACCGACUGUCAGUGGACACCGUGGACGAGAGCUCCUUCGCCCACCUGUCCAGCCUGCAGGUGCUGGACAUCGGCGGGGGGUCCGGCGACACCACCUUUAAGAGAAUGGACAUGGAUGGAGAGGAAGAGACGGAGGAGGAGGAGACAUCAUAACCCUCCUGACUUUGGAGCCUCUUUUUGAGCGAGAGCGUACCUGAGGAAGGUCCGGGACAUUUUUCUGGUGCAGGAUGCCGGAUGA